CUUCAAUACCACUUGAAACUUAUCUGGAAAAAAAUGGAAGGAAAAGAGACAAAGGAAGAACGCCCCAUUGUAUUUUUCGACAUUUCCAUCGGCGAUGUACCCGUUGGCAGAAUGAAAAUGGAACUUUACAGUGAUAUUGUACCCAAAACAGCAGAAAACUUUCGACAAUUAUGCACAGGCGAAUUCAAGCGCAAUGGCAUUCCUCAAGGCUAUAAAAACUGCUCGUUCCACAGAAUUAUCAAAGAUUUCAUGGUUCAAGGUGGCGACUUUUUGAAGGGUGACGGCACUGGAUCCAUGAGCAUUUACGGCGAAAAGUUCGAGGACGAGAAUUUCACUGUGAAGCAUACACAAGCCGGUCUGCUAUCGAUGGCAAAUUCGGGCCCUGGAACCAACGGAUGUCAAUUUUUCAUUACAUGCGAUAACUGCGAGUUUUUGGAUGGCAAACACGUUGUAUUCGGUCAUCUAGUAGAUGGCUUACUCACACUGAGAAAGAUCGAAAACGUAUCAACGGGUCAAAACAACCGACCCAAACUGCCGGUCAGAAUCACAGAAUGCGGGCAAAUGUAAGAAGGGAAGGACGUAAAAAAGAAGAAAAAAUA